UUAGCCGCUACCUACCGAGCACGCAGGAGCCGGGCUGGGAGGGCAGAUGUGAUCCUGAUAAGGGCUGGCCGGUUGGAGCUAUACGGGCGGGCUGGCACCUUAAAAAGCGGCUGUCACCUCAACACUUCCCACUCGCCUGUCGUCGUGGGAUCGGAGCAACACGCAGAAGUCCCGUAGCAAAGCGAUUAUCUUGCUCAGUUUAUCAUCAUGACAUCAGUACAGACUCCUCCCCUCUCUCGCUCUGGCUCCUCCCCCUCAAACGUGGGGCUGACCAAUCGAACGGGACCCUCAGUGACCCCGCCCACCUCCCUUAGCCUGCGCUCCUCCUACAAUCAGCUGCUGGGGCGUGACAUCAUCAAGGAGUCCGCCAGCAUGGAGACCGGAAGUUCGGCUACACUUCCAAAAAGCCGGCAAAGAUACGCCAUGACCAGUGUUCGAAGCGCCAUGGGAAUCAGCGACAACCUGGGAUCAUCCAAAAACCAGAGGACUCGAGGUCUUCCCACAAAGUCCUCCUCAAGCUCUGCCCUCUACUCCUCAUCAGCAUCCUCCACAGUGUUCAAUACAACCAAUCCCAAACUAGUGAAGAAUGGCGCUAACAUGCAAAGACGUGCUGAAAGCCAACAAAUGGAGUUGUGUAGAGCAACCACAGAAAGCAAAAUCCACAAUGACCUCCUGAACAACGCCAGCUCUGAUUGGCUGGAUAAUUCACAACCUUUUCGUAGAAGGACCAAAAGCUUCUUGGGGUAUCACGCGAAGACUUGGGAUAUGGACAGCAAUUGUGACCACAAAGAGGAAAAAGAGGAGGAGGUGGAGAAUAAACAGUUAUCUCCUGAAAAAGAGCAAGCUAGUCCCAUGAAGGAGUGUGAGAUUCAGAAAGAAGAGAAAGAUAACAAUAAAGAUGAUUGCCAGGAGGAAAAAGAUGUCGUAGAACCAAUAGCCGAAGAGGAAAACGAAUCAACGACGCCAACACCAAGACAAUCAAUUUUACCCGUGGUGGUUGAGGCCCCUCUCUCCUGCACCUCAUCUAGCAGUAACAGUCCGGAGUGGGUCCCAGACAACCAGAAUCUUCUCCAAAAUCAGGCUCCAGUCCACCUCCAAGAAGACAUCACAACUCAGAGUCCUCGCAGUCCCGGUAAGCCCUCUCGCACCUCCUCUCCCCGGGUCAUCAAAGUCGAGCUACACCCCAACAAUGAGAACCAGUUCCAGCAGCAGUAUCCGCCAACGUCAUCCCCGAAACUGCACCGGUUUGGAGAGAGGAGUACCCCAACGAGGAGCAGAACGCCCUCAGUUCCCCCAGAGCCUGAAUCAGAGACAGGGCUGCCCAGAGUGAGUUUGAGAAUGGACCUAACUCCAGACAGUCCUUCCGAGGAUGAGGAUUCAAGUUGGACCACGCUGUCGCAAGAAACGCCCUCUCCACAAACUCCUCAUGAGACAGAUAUGUGGAGUGAAGGGGACCUGCCCCCGGGCUGGAGGGAGAUCUCAGACUCAUCAGAGGUCUAUUUCUGGCACGUCCCCACCGGUACCACUCAAUACCACAGACCUGUUGCCUCUAGCAACCAGAACUCGUCUCCGAACAAUGGCCCAGACAGUGAGACACAACAAGAAACACAGGACUCUCUCAAACCACCCAAUGAGCGCCCCAGCAGCCUGAUCUCUGACAGCUCAGUGGAGCCUGUACCCUCUCCCUCUGCCUCCUCCCCUGACUCCGCCUCCUCCACCCCCAUGAAUGAUGUCAUCUGCUCCGGACCAGACCUAAACCUCUCCACCUGCACAGUCAGUGAACUGAAAGACUACCCAGUGUAUCCAGACCCAAGCCUCAAGGCAUUCGAAGGAGCCACACUGCGCUACGCUUCCCUCAAACUUAACCCUCCCGCCCAACUGGAGACUGUGGAUCUUGACAGCACUUACUCAGACUCAGAGGCAAUGUCUUUCCCCGUGCGGUCUCUGGGCUGGGUGGAGAUGUCAGAACAGGACCUGUGCGAAGGGCGGAGCAGUGUGGCUGUGCACCACUGUAUCAGACAGCUGUCCUACUGCAGGCGGGACAUACGGGACUCCGCGGGGGUCUGGGGAGAGGGUAAAGGAAUGCUGCUGGUGCUUCAGGAUCGGAUGUUGACCUUGGUUGACCCUGACGACCGCAGUCUGCUUCACUCUCAGCCAAUCAGCAGCAUCCGUGUGUGGGGCGUGGGCCGGGACCAUGACAGGGACUUUGCCUACGUGGCGCGGGACAAGAACACGCGGGUGUUAAAGUGCCACGUGUUCAGAUGUGAUACGCCGGCCGCCGCCAUCGCCACCAGUCUCCACGAAAUCUGCACCAAGAUUAUGGCUGAAAGGAAAAGUGCCAAGGCUGCAGCAGGCAGCUCCUCCCAGACCGGCUCAGAUGUACCACUACAAGAAUUUCCGAUGCCAAAGACGGAGCUGGUGCAGAAGUUUCAUGUGUUGUAUUUGGGUGUGACAUCGGUAACUCGUCCCAUCGGGAUGGACAUAAUAAAUGGAGCCAUAGAAAGUCUUGUAAACUCCACAGGCAAAGAGGACUGGACUCCAGUUAUUUUGAGCAUUGCUGACACUACAGUAUCUGUUAUAAAGGAAAAGGAGGAGGAGGAGGAGGCCCUGGUGGAGUGUCGGGUGCGCUUCCUGUCCUUUAUGGGCGUGGGGCGAGAUGUUCACACAUUCGCCUUCAUCAUGGACACCGGGAACCAACACUUCCAAUGCCAUGUGUUCUGGUGCGACCCCAAUGCGGGCUGUGUAUCUGAGGCUGUGCAGGCAGCAUGUGUGCUUCGGUAUCAGAAGUGUCUGGUGGCACGGCCCCCCUCUCAGCGAGCCGGCUCCUCCACCUCUCCCACCUCAGACUCGGUGACACGUCGGGUGACCACCAGUGUGAAGCGCGGGGUGCAGUCUCUCAUAGACACUCUGAAACCCAAAAAACAGCCCCCUGAACUGCCCCAGCAAUGACCUCCCACUGGUGUCCACAGCACUCUCACCAUAUCGCCACUGUAACAUGUAACCAGUGCCAGCCAUGGUAAACAAUGAUGUACAUACUGUAUACGUUAGGUGCCACUACGUGAAGGAACCACAAAGAAACGAAGAAUACUUAAAGAAAGACUACUGAAAGAGUUGCAGGGUGAACUUUGACACUUGAACUCUACUGUCCAAACUGCCCAUAGUGGACUUUGGGGCUGACGUCCUUUGUACAACCAGAGGAAUUUUCAUCUGUCCAUUGCCUGCUUUUAUUUGUUUAAGUUUUGUUUUGUUUUUCAUGAUCUGUAUCCCUCUGUCCUAAAAAGGGAAUGGUAAAAGUAGUUGACAACUUUCUGUUUGUAAAUGAAUGUAAAGUAAGAGGACUGUAUUCAGAUGGAGAUUAUAGAUAUGAGGGACAAUGGGACUGGUGUACUUGGUGAAAGAUUAAUGUAUGCAUGUUAUGUUGAUAAGAUGCUAUUUGUUUUACUUGGAUGAAAAAAAUGAGGGUCUGCAUCAAGACAGGAGCUAUCUCUGAGGCACAGAUUGAUGCCUUAAAGUUUAAAAAAGAGGAAAUAUUCUACCCCCAAAAUUUUCAAACCAAAAUGUUCUAUUUUUGUUGUUGUUAAUGAGUUAAUCAGUACAAAUAUGUUUUUAAAAUGCUCCAUGUUUGAUUGUAAUUUGAUUGUAUUUCAUUCAUGAUCAAACAAGUUAAAGUAUCAAGAAUGUUAUUUUGAAAUGUUAAAUUGCUCAGGAAGCUCUAUGUACACACUUAUACAUAUGGUAGCAGGUUAUUUCCAGAGAUACCGGCUCUUCUUGGCUAUCCAUGGGUUUCAGAAUGAUGAAAAGGUAGGACCGUUGCCAUAGCAAUGAACAAUUUAACCUAAAAUAUUAUAUCUUUUGACUGGCAAAAAGUCCUCAAAAUGUCACCUAUAAUAGGAGCUGAAGCCCAUGGAUAUAAGCAGUGUUGUGGCCCCUCUAUGGACACACAUGAGUAGUAUAGCGGUAAACUCUAUACCCCUCUCCCUCAGAAGCUCUGCAGACUGUCAGCUCUGGGUCACAGACACAUAAAUAUGAGCACAUCGCGGUAAAGCGUUUUGCUGUCACUGCUCUUUGAAACCCUUCGCACUGCUCCUAUGGCUCGGGGCCACCACCUGCACUCCACGUGAACUCAGUGAUGCAGUCCGACUCAAACGGCAACGGCACUCUCACACAACUAGACGCUCUGAAAGUCAUAUCUGUUCUGUUUGCCACCAUCUUCACAGUGUGUAAAUGUACAAAUAUGUUGUGAGAAUAAACGCAUUAUC